UGAUGCAAGUUAGGAUGUCUAUCAGGGGAUUCAAAUAAUAUUGGAGAGGAGGAAGCUGGGAGAUUGGAGAGUAUACAAGAAUUGGAACCAGCACAGCAUAAGGUUCCAGAGACUAGUAAUGGAAUGGAGCUCACUGGGCAAGUUGUGUCCUGUCCACAGAAGAACCAGAGUGUGGUGACUGAGAAGGGAGGUCAUGAUUUGGCUGAUGCGUGUGUUCAAGCUUCAGAAGGAGAUGGCAGUCAGAACCAAUCUGUAUUUGUGGAGAGUACUGCUGGAAAUAAAGACAUGGAAGGGGGGCUCUUUUUAGGUAGUAAUCAGGACACACGGAUCUGCUCAGCAGGCUGGGGAACUGAGGCGGUUGAAGGGUCAAUGGUGAGUGGUGAUCAAGACAGAGAUCGUGAAGCUUCUGUUUCUCAAACAUCUUUGGCAAACACAAAUCAGGGCAAUGCUAUCAAUAAAGAAGAAAUAAAGGGGGUGGAUUCACUGCCUGUUGGUGAUGCUAUAAUUGAGCAAGGAGAUCAUGUUGGAAAAGAUUCUGGUGUAGAGGUAAACAACCCAGAUUCUUAUGUUCAUGAUGAUCUCAUGGCCAGUGGACCAAUUGUGACAGCAGAAUCACAAGCAGGCGUGGCUGAAAAUGUUGUUGAUGCAGCACUAUGUGCAGAUAAAGAUCCUAUCAAUAAGAAUUCGGGGGACAAAUUAGAUAUUAUUACAGCGGAUAGGAAUUCAGUUUUGACUGGUGCAAUUAUGGAAUCAGAAAGUAGAGAAAGGCA